UAUUGCGUAGUAUUUUAUGUACAUUGUACAAAUCAUAAAUUAUACAUGACGAGAAAAUGAGGAAAAAUAAUGAUACAUAAAAUGAUCGCGGAGAUUAUGCUAAUAACUCUUGUGCACGGAAUGCGACAUGAUUGCGUUUUAUGCGCAAGAUCGAUAAUUGUUGAAGUCCAAAGUGCAAAAUAAAACAAAUUCAUACCAUAUUUUCUCUGAAUUUCAAAUAAUUUUGCACAUAUAUUCGAUAAAAAACGCGGGAUAAUUGACAGGAUAAAGCGCGACAUCUUGCUGCGUGGUAGAAAGAUACUUUUAAGCUACACAAUGCAUCGGUAAAGACUUCGUUAGAUAAUCAAAACAUCAAAACAUAACUGUUUUGUAAUAAUAAAAUCCUAAUAGAAAGAUUUAAAAUGAUGGAAUCUCCCGGUCCGAGUUCAGCCGCUAAUAUCUGUGAAUUAUGUAACAAACGCACACGGUUGUAUACCUGUCCGCGAUGUGGCAUAGGCUAUUGUGGGACCGAGUGUUAUAAAUCAGACGCACAUACAGAUUGCUCCGAGAGUUUUUACAGAAAGUGUAUCGAGGAUGAAUUAAAAUCUCAGGAAAAUGAUCCAGCUGCUAGGCAAAAAAUGAUAGAAAUCCUCAAAAGGGUACAUGAAGCAGAUGUAGAAGAUGAUAUUUUAAGAGAAGAUUUUGAUGAGAGCAAUAUUGACGACAAGGAUUGUCCAUUGGAUUCAGAUGAUGAGCAAGAGCUUCUCGAUUUAGAAAGCAGAUUGGAGAAUGUUAAUUUUGAAGAUCCGAAUGAACUUUGGUCAGCCUUAUCAGAGGCAGAAAAGCAAGAAUUUGAAGCAUUAUUAAAGAAUGGAGAAGCAGAAAAAUUGCUGCCCAAAUGGAUACCAUGGUGGACUCAUCGUAUUGAAAAAAAAUUAAUUCAACCUAUUGAAGAGAAUACUAUGAAUGCUUACAAUGAUUUAAAAUAUCCUACUUUAAUAGAUGUACCAUUAUUUAAUGAAUUGCAGAAAGCAUCCCCUUGUGUAUAUUUCAAUGUGACAAAUGUGAUAUACGCUUAUGCGUAUAUAGCUCUCUAUUAUAUUGGAGAUUAUCUAAGUUGCGCCGAAGAUGCUGCAAACGUCUUUCUGACUAUAUGUGCAAAUAUGAGAAAUAAUGAAGUCUUCAAAGAUGUAGACUCAGCAAUUGAAUCUGUUAUAAAAAAUGUCAAAAGUGUUGACUGGUUGCCUCAAAAUGAAGAAUGUUUAACGGCGUUAAAAGAAGCGGGCGCUUCGAUUUUGCAAGGACCAGGUUCUGAAAUGAAAACUCUUUAUAUAUCCGUGGCGCUCUCGGAACUUCAUAGAUUAUUAACAGCAGCCAAGAAAGAAAUUUCAAUACAUAAAAGUGAAAAGAGCAAUCAAGAAUUUACAAAAAGAUUUCCACAUAGACGUGAUAGCGAAAUUAAUCUCUCGAAAAAAAAUAUACUUUUGUGUUUAAAAAAAAUAGAAUAUUAUUUAUCGUGGGCGAAAAACUAUGAGACAGAAUUUGUGUAAAUACAAUUAUAAAAUAUCACUUUAUUAUUUGUUAUAACUAUACUAUACUGUACUAUACUGUAUUUUAUUGAAACAAUAAAUAAUAAAACAAUUUUCCAAUA